AUGCACGCUGCCAUUUCUCCCCCAAUCCCACAAUUCACCCUUGGGCACCCCCACAGAGCCACCUACACGGCUUGCCAAUCGGCCAUUACCAUUGGUUUGCUGUCAUCCUGGAGUUCACCCUUCAUAGUAAAAUUAACAAGCGACAAAGAAAAUUAUGACAUAUCAGAAGACGAAGCUUUCCUCUUCACUAUCAUACCUCCCUUGGCGAUGAUAAUAUCCUGCCCAUUUUUCUCCAAAUCUUGUGAUAUAAUCGGCAGAAAACACACGCUAAUGUUAUUAAGUAUACCGCAUAUCUUAAGCUGGCUGGUAACUACUCUAUCGUCCAGCAUAUACGUGUUCUAUUUAUCAAGGUUUUUCGCUGGAGUGGGCCACGGUUGUUUUUUCGUUUCACUGCCCCUGUACAUCGGCGAAAUAAGUACUCCAAGAGUACGCGGCAUUUGGGGCAAUCUACUCAACGUCUUAAACUAUGCAGGUAUAUUUCUGAUAAACUUAAUUGGUUCGAAAUAUUCAGUGAACGUGACGGCCUAUCUAUGUUUGCCACUGCCAAUCGUGUACAUGGUAUCUGUUUAUUUUUUACCGGAAUCGCCAUACUGGUAUAUCAUGAAGAAUCGAUACGACGAUGCUAAAAAUUCUUUACGGAAAUUAAGACAAGUCGAUAACGUCGAAGAAUUAUUCCUGCAAUUGCAGGAGGAGAUCGUUAAGAGAAAAGAUGAAAGAAGCACUUGGAAGGAUUUGUUGGUGAAGCAUUUGAACCGCAGGGCUUUAAGAGCUGGUAUUUUUCUACGUAUAUCCCAGUUGUUAGGUGGCGUAACUGUAUUCAACGUGUACAUGCAAUUCAUCUUCAAACAUUCUGGUAGCAACGUCAAUCCCGAGGUCCCAGCUUUGAUAUACAGCGGAUUAUGCUGCAUACUCAUUUUUGUGGCUGGAUUUAUAAUUGAAAAUGUUGGAAAACGUCGUGCAUUCAUGGUAUCAAUUUUCUUAUGCGGCGUAGUACUUCUAUCAGAAGCAGCUUACUUCUAUGUAUCAGAAAACGUUAAAAGUAUUGAUCUAUCUAAUUACAGAUGGUAUCCUCUAGCGGGCAUGCUAAUGUAUGUGGUAUUCUGCUGCAAUGGUAUCAUCCUAAUACCAUCCCUGAUGUUAUCAGAAUUAUUUGCACCAAAUUUCAAAUCUAAAGGUCUCAGCGUGUUAGUUAUUGUAUUCGGAUUGAUGAUUUUCAUUUCUAAUUUUCUUUUCUAUAUCUUAGAGUCGAGGUUAGGCAUGUACGGGCCAUUUUUGGUAUUUGGUAUCAAUAAUAUGAUAGCGACAGCAGUGACGCCUUACGUGGUGCCAGAAACUAGCGGGAAAACUUUGGAGGAGAUACAGCUUUCGUUGGAGCGGACCAGACCGAUUUGGAAUACUUUUAAAUAUAAAUUGGAGAUAACUACUGUCUGA